AAUCUGUUUGUUUUAUGAUGGAUAGCAAUUAUUCACCUGUACCCAACGGCUCACAUGUAGAAUUACAAACACUGAAUGAAGCCGAUGAUUUUGCAUCCCAACAGAGAUGGUUGUUUCCCGAUGAUGGAAACUGGGAAAACGAGCUCAUGAUCCCUCGUGACACCGACGACGAUGAUUUCGAUGCUGAUAUCGAUGAUUACACCCUUCUUUUAAGUAAACCCCAUAAAGAAUCCGGCAUUCCUGGUGCUGUUUUCAACUUAACUACCACCAUCAUCGGUGCUGGAAUGAUGGCUUUGCCUGCCACCAUGAAGGUUCUCGGCAUCGUUUUGGGGCUUGCUUUAAUGAUUGUCAUCGGGAUUUUGUCCGAAAUCAGUGCCGAAAUGUUGGUUAAGUAUGCUGUGCUAUGUAAGGCCAAGUCUUAUGGGGAAGUUGUGGAGGUUGCAAUGGGAAGAACGGCUCGAGUUUUGUCUGAGAUUUGUAUAAUCAUCAACAAUGCAGGUGUGUUGGUCGUGUAUUUGAUCAUCAUCGGCGAUGUUAUGUCGGGUUCAGUUCAUCACCAUCAUCACGGAGUUUUGGAUCAGUGGUUAGGCUAUGGUUUUUGGGACCAUAGGAAGAUAUUGGUCUUGGUCAUCAUGGUGUUUUUCCUUGCACCACUCUGUUCCUUAAACAGAAUCGAUUCAUUGAGCACCACUUCAGCUGCAUCGGUCGCUUUAGCUGUUGUUUUCGUCAUAAUUUGCCUCGGUGCCGCCUUCACAAGGGUGAUCGAAGGCAAGAGCAAGUCCCCGAACAUGAGCCUCGAUUUCGAGUCUCGAAAAACAAUCAUGGACCUACUAGUGGUGAUCCCGGUCAUAUCGAACGCUUACGUUUGUCACUUCAACGUCCAACCGGUAUACAACGAGCUCGAAGGCCGAUCGCCACAAAAGAUGAACAAAGUGGUAAGGAUCACAACUACCAUUUGCAUCAUGGUCUACGCCUCGACCGCCACAUCGGGGUACCUCCUCUUCGGCCAGCAAACCGAAUCCGAUAUCCUAACGAACUUCGACAAGAACCUCGGGAUUCGAUACAGCACGGCGUUGAACUACAUCGUUCGAGUCGGCUACGUCCUCCAUCUAGUCCUCGUCUUCCCCGUCAUCCAUUUCUCAUUACGUGAAACCGUGGAUAACUUGGUGUUUAACGGAUCAGCUCCCCUGGUGGAGAGUAAAAGGAGGUCAUCGGCAUUGACAGCCGUGUUGCUGGUGCUUAUAUAUUUAGGGUCCACCGUGAUACCAAACAUAUGGACGGCUUUCAAGUAUACGGGUGCAACGACGGCGGUUUCGUUAGGGUUUACGUUCCCAGCUCUGAUAGCGUUGAGGUUAGGGGAAGAAGACAAGGGUUUGAGUUUGAGGUUGAGCAUGGGACAAAAAUGUCUGUCGUGGUCGAUGCUGAUAUUGGCUGUAAUAGUUAGCGUUGCAGGGACGGUUGGAAAUAUCAUUUAUUGCAUCGAAAAUGAAUCUGAUGAUUGA